GAUGGGUUCUUGGCGAUACCAUUGUACAGAUCUCCCAAGUACGCAAUAGUGAAUUAUGAUCUGCUUCACGGGUGCGCGGCACGACAACAAGCGCAUGCCCUCGAAUGAGUCGAAUCCCUUCCUAUUCUGGUAAAGGGCUUUCUGUAGCCGCCAAGUCCACGAACCAUGUCGACGAUUGUUUCAUUAACCGCAGGGGUUGGCAGGGCUGAUCAAGCAUGAUUCAGCAUCAUCCAGGUGAUGUGGUCCACGUGAGAGGUCUCCGUACGGUCGCAUGGGAAAUGCAUCGCACCUGUUGCUGCAAGACCGUCCUUUGUUGAAAAUCUAUGCGUCGCGGGUCUCUGACCACAAACGACAACCCAGUCCAGCAUUGACAAGCGAAGCCGGCGUGCUUUCAGGCAGGCCAGACUCGCAAUCACGAUGACAGGGACGAAUGAUUACCCAUGGCCAGCGUGGUGGUGCGUCUUCUUGGCAACAACCGGUCUGGUGUCGGUUGUCGAGGCUGGAGCAAUUUAUUAUCCCGUUGAAGAAGGUCUCGUGUUUCAUUAUGAAGACACAGUCAACGUCAGCUACGCCACGGAUUACAACAAACCGACCCUUUGGUUCUGUUGGCGCAACAGCACAGGUCUGCAGCGAUUUCAACAGCUGGCGUCAAGCUUGUUCCUAAUGCAGUCUUCUGAUCAAUGUACAGAUAAUGAAUAUUCGUACGUGGCAUAUGACGAUCUGACCCCUAAGAACGGGUCGUACCUCGUCACGAUCGACCGAGAAAUCACCGCAGACGAUUGUUGGUUCAAUGUGUUCCAAGGCAGCGGUGACCCAGGCAUCAACAGCGUGACCUUUUCGGUGUCGCCAAGCGAGCGCAGCCAUUCGACCACAUUAGGCCUGGAGAGCGAGCCCACGACAGCCAUAUCGUCGACCGCAACAGCGCACGCGGAAGCUACUUCUGCCGUUAAAACGAGCUCUACACCAACUCCCACCAGCGCCGGCGCGGAGGACGACGACGACUCUUCAAGUGGGGGACUGAGCACUGGGGCCAAGGCAGGUAUUGGUGUAGGCGCAGCCUUGGCCGCGCUGGGCAUACUGGCAUUGGCAGUAUUCUUCUGGCGACGGAGAGGGCGGGCCUCCGACACCGGUGGCUCAGGAGGUGAUGGCAUAGGAAGUAACGGCGGAGGUUUACAUGAACGGAGCGGCCUCGUGCAGAGCUGGGACCCAGCCACAACACAUACCCAAGUUGGCGUGAUUCCCAAAGCCGAGUUGGAAGCAGCACCACAACAGCAGCGGCAGCCGCCUGUUGAGAUGCCAGCUUAGAUCCCGCUGAAAGGUGCGAAUCGAUGCCCACCAGGCGUCCAUGCACAGAUCCGGGUUCGGGCUCUCCAGGUAGAGUGUUGCAGGGCUGCUUGAUCAGGACAGGCAGAUGAAUAGCUUAGGAGAAUGACAACUGAUCCAAGCCAAAGACGGCCAAGUGCGUGCGUCGAGUCUCCAUGCUAAAGCUUCUGGACAAAUCCACGUAUCGUCUCCACCAUGAGCCUGUCUACAGCGGUACAAGCCAUGCUUCCUCGGAGAAUAGCGUAUUUGAAGUCUGGUGAUUCACCCGAGCUCUACCAGAGGCCGCGGUAGAUUUGGCUCCAGUCAGGGAGGCAGCCUUCUUCUAUGGAGGUGACAGCAUAUGAGGUCUCACCAGGCUACCAAGGUAGUUUGGUCAGUACCCGCAAUGCCAUCCGCACUAUUUCACGGAAUGCUAACAUUU